GCCUUUGGUUUUCGUGUUAUGGUGUUGCCACAGCGAGUGAGUGAGUGAGCUCGGUGCGACGGAGAUUGAUCAUCACGAGCUUUAGCGGCUGUGAGACAGUUUUGUGGGUUUAGUUGCUGGGAGUCUUGCAGGCACGCUUGAGGGGCGGACAUUGUUCAAUCAACAGCCAAAUUCUGCGGUGCGGGAAGAUUGUGCUUCUUCUUCUUCCUCUUCUUUUGUGGAGAGAUGGAGCGACCUCCCCAACUAGAUUACGCACAGAACUGGGAUGCUGCCAUGGACCUUACGUUGAGACGAUUCGUCUACGGUUCUCUUUCUGGAGCCGCAUCCGCUUUGCUCCUCUUUAGGAGUCCCACUACACGCUGGGCUGCUGUUGCAUUUGGAGCAGGCGCAGGCAUUGGUUCAGCUUGCACCGACUCUUUCAAGCUUUUCCCUGACACGGUUGGUGCAACUUUUCCGUUCAGUUUGAUGCCUAGCCGCUCGGUUGCCCGUGAUGUUCAGUCCAGGCAUGCUGAUACCCCAGAGCCGAAGCACGUCCAGGAGCUUCUCAUCCAAGAAGCCCAAGCUUGAGUUGGAUUGGAGAUUGAUCGUGAAGGGGAUUCGUCGCCAACUGACUGUUUCUGCUCACAUCUAGAAGCACUCAGUGUUGGGACGCUCGAGGCGGUGUGUGCAGUAAAAUGAUUUCACGAGAGCAAGUGGUUACAAGUUCCUGCUAGCAUCAUUCAGAGAUUCGGACGUUUACGAUCAUUAGCAUUUGCCGAGGUUUGUCAGGCAUUGCUGAUUUGUCUUUUAUGUAAGCUUUCUUCUCAAACAUGGGUAGACCGUCUUGCACAUUUGUUACCUUUCUCAUUCAAAUCCAGGCUGCUGUUUUCUGAGAGGGCAAUUUUUAAGCAAAUUCUCUUUUUUCUUUCUU